CACUGCAGAGUUCUCGCUGGGGCGGUACGGUUCAGUGUGCAUCCUACACAGUGGAAGUCCAGUUUGAGGAUAAUAAUUUAAAAUCCCUUUUUGAAAAAAGGAAAACACUUUAGGGACGAAAGGAUUACAAUAUGAACCGGACAACCAGCAGGCAAACCACCUCUUCAUCCUCUUACAAGAGGAUGUUCGGCGGCGAAGUUCGACCCAGUGCAGUGAUGGCUCGGUCUACACUUUCCAGCCGCCAAUACUCGAGUCCCGUCCGAUCAUCUCGGAUGUCCUACAGCGUGUCCUCAGCUCCGCCGAGCGUCUUCGCAUCCAAGACUGUCCGACUCCGCAGCAGUGCCCCGAUGCCCCGGCUCUCUUCGGACAACGUGGAUUUUGCCUUGUCCGAUGCCAUCAACAUGGAGUUCAAAACCAACCGGACCAACGAGAAGGCUGAGAUGCAGCACCUCAACGACAGGUUCGCCAGCUACAUCGACAAGGUGCGUUUUCUGGAGCAACAGAACAAGAUCCUGUUAGCGGAGCUGGAACAGCUAAAGGGAAAAGGCGCGUCCCGCAUCGGGGAUCUGUACGAGGAUGAGAUGAGGGAACUGCGAAGGCAGGUGGACCAACUCACUAAUGAAAAAGCUCGAGUGGAGGUGGACCGGGACAACCUGGGAGAGGACAUCGAGAGGCUCAGAGAGAAGCUCCAGGAUGAGAUGAUCCAGAAAGAAGAAGCAGAGCAUAACCUACAGGGCUUUAGACAGGAUGUGGACAAUGCUGCCCUAGCUCGUCUGGACUUGGAGAGAAAGGUGGAGUCUCUUCAGGAGGAGAUCAUGUUCCUCAGGAAGCUGCAUGAUGAGGAAAUUGCUGAGAUGCAGGCCCAGAUCCAGGAUCAGCAUGUCCAGAUCGAUAUGGACGUGGCCAAGCCCGACCUGACAGCUGCCCUGCGGGACGUCCGUCUGCAAUACGAGACCUUGGCCAGCAAAAACCUCCAGGAGUCUGAAGAAUGGUACAAGUCAAAGUUUGCCGACCUGUCUGAAGCAGCGGCCCGUAACACCGACGCCAUUCGCCAGGCCAAGCAGGAGGCUAAUGAGUACAGGCGUCAGGUUCAGUCGCUGACCUGUGAGGUCGACUCUCUCAAAGGAACCAAUGAGUCCCUCGAGCGCCAGCUUGGAGAGCUGGAGGAGAGUUUCGGCAGCGAGGCGGCUAACUACCAGGACACCAUCGCCCGCCUGGAGGAUGACAUCAGGAACAUGAAGGAUGAGAUGGCCCGUCAUCUUAGAGAGUACCAGGACCUGCUUAAUGUCAAGAUGGCCCUGGACAUAGAGAUCGCAACCUACCGGAAGCUACUGGAGGGAGAGGAGAGCAGAAUUACCACUCCCAUGCCCAACUUCUCUUCAUUUAACCUGAGAGAAUCCAUGCUGGAUGCUAGACCAAUGACUGACAACUUGUCAAAGAAGGUUGUGAUCAAGACCAUUGAAACUAGAGAUGGUCACGUGAUCAAUGAGUCCACCCAAAACCACGACGACUUGGAGUGAACAUCAAAGGGCAUGUCUCUAUGAAAGAGAGGAGAGUUAGCAGCAUACUGAGGACGAAUACACCGUCAAGAGACGAGACGAAAGCAAAAUGGGAUAUUUCUGUUGUUUAUGUGAAAGAGUAAAUCUAAACAAAAACAGACAAAAAAAUAGCUUUAAAGUGCCUUUUUGACACGUUACAGGACUUGCUGAUCCGGUCUGGUAGGGCUGUUGCUAUGUAGGAUAGACACUGUUUAGAGCAGAUGACACAAGCUUUAAUGGAUGUUUCUGUUGGACCACUUAGACACUGGGCACAUCUCAAAUGACACCUUUUGCCUACAUUAUAGUGCACGUCUUUAAAAAGGACUCCUGUGAAUUUUACUGCACUAUGAAGGAGAAACGGUGUCGUUUCAGGUGCCGCCACACUAAGUCUCUAGUUUGCACUUGAUCUGUUAGACCAACACUUUAAGCAAUGGUGUUUUUGUGUUUUCUUUUCCAUUCUAAUUUACCAAAAUCAUAGAAAGGAUUCAAGCACUGUUUCAUGUAGAACAGCACCAAACUGUCAACACCUCUGUAAGUCAAUAAACCUAGAGAAGAAUGAAAACACA